UACAGAUACAUCCCAUGAUGCUUUUCGUUCUCAGGUGUACCGUGCCGGACACCUGGUCGGUCCCCGGAUAGGUGUCGGAGUGAGACGUCUUCCGCUCGGCUCCUCUGUGUGUCGGCUUUAGGAAACGUGGCCUUACCGGGACCGGGACUCCGUCCGGUGGAUGAAUGAGCCGCAUUCAGCUCCAGCCUCCGCCUCCGUCUGCACGUCUCUGCCCGCCUCAGCUCCAGCUCUGCCCGCGGACCCGUCGAACCCCGUCCGACAACCAUGUCUGAGGCAGACCCAGUCCCGGCUCCGGCCUCCUCGGCCCCGGAGGCCUCGGUCCUGGACGCCCUGAACGCCACGGGCUCCAACGGCACCGACGCGCUCAACGCCACGGCGAAGUUCGUGGCCACCCCGGAGGGCACGGCGCUGGCCUACGGCAGCCUGGUGUUCAUGGCCCUGCUGCCCAUCUUCUUCGGAGCCCUGCGGUCCGUCAGCUGCUCCAAGUCCAAGGAGCUUGGAGACACUGAUUACGACUCUGGGUUCAGAAACGCUGCAGACAUGCCAGAGACCAUUACCAGUCGAGACGCUGCCCGGUUCCCCAUCAUUGCCAGCUGCACCCUGUUUGGGCUCUAUCUGUUCUUCAAGGUGUUCUCCCAGGAGUACAUCAACCUGCUGCUGUCUGUCUACUUCUUUGUCCUCGGCGUCUUGGCUCUGUCCCAUACCAUGAGUCCUCUGAUGGCCUCGGUGUUUCCAACAUCUUUCCCCAACAAACAGUAUCAGCUGCUGUUCAUCCAGGGUUCUGGGGAGUCCAGAGAAGAAAUCGUCAACUAUGAGUUCGACACAAAGAACAUGGUGUGUCUGCUGAUCAGCAGCGUGGUGGGGGUCUGGUACCUGCUCAAAAAGCACUGGAUAGCCAAUAACCUGUUUGGGUUGGCCUUCGCCCUGAACGGGGUCGAGCUGCUCCACCUGAACAACGUCAGUACCGGCUGCAUCCUGCUGGGGGGGCUGUUUGUCUACGACGUCUUCUGGGUGUUUGGCACCAACGUCAUGGUAACUGUGGCCAAGUCUUUUGAAGCACCAAUCAAAUUGGUCUUCCCUCAGGACCUGCUGGAGAAGGGCCUGGAGGCCAGUAACUUUGCCAUGUUGGGACUCGGAGACAUCGUGAUCCCAGGAAUCUUCAUCGCUCUGCUGCUGCGCUUCGACGUCAGGUAGAACCUCACCACUGAAGCGC